AUGGAUAAAAAUGAAAAAAAGAAAGUUUUGGGAGGGACGGAAAAACUUCGUUUACGACGAAAACGCGAAUUAGAGUCCGUGGCGCGAACAUGUCACACGAUUGAUAAAAUGUUUAAAAUACAUGAAGACAUGCCUUCUUCAACCGCCUCUACCAGUUCUUUAAUUCAUCCUGAACUGGAAAAAAUAGAAAUUGAUCAUCAAAAUCGCCAAUGGCUAUCCUUUUGCGAAGAUAAUAACAAAUUAUAUUGUUCAAUUUGUCUUGCGUACGGUGGGUCAAACGAAAAUAUUUUUACUAAAGGUUUUUCCAAUUGGGACUAUGUUCAUCAGUACAUUGAAAGACAUGAAACAAGUAAAUUUCACGAUGAAAAUGUUAUGAAUCAUUUUAUGCGCUCAAAAAAUACUUUAAACAUAACAACACAAUUUCGAUCAUUACGAAAAGAAAAUAUCAUGUUCAAUAGAAAUGUGCUAACCAGAGUAAUAAAUGUAAUAAAAUUAAUAGGCAAAAGAGGUUUAAGCUAUAGAGGAAAGAGAAACGAGAGCCUCUAUACAUUUGAUGACGAUAACGUAGAUCAUGGCACGUUUAUAGAAAUCAUUAUUUUAUUAAGCAAAUAUGACGAUACACUGAAAAAUCAUUUACAAAACUGUAUAGAAAAAAGUAAAAAAAUUCAUGAAUGUGGAAAAAGACAAGGAAGGGGUAACUUAAUUAGUUUUUUAUCCAAAACUACUGUAAAUUACGUAAUUGAAGCAAUUUCUCAAUUAAUAAAAAAUAAAAUUUCACAACAAAUUAAUGACUCUGGAAUGUACAGUAUCCAAAUAGACACUACACAAGACGUAAGUGUGCAAGACCAGUGUGUGGUUGUUGUGAGGUAUAUUAAUAAUAAUAAUAUUAAUGAAAGACUUUUAUCCACCAUUAAUAUGGAUUCAUCGACUGGUGAAUCAUUUUACAACGUUGUAAAAGAACUUUUAGAAAUUAACAAUAUCGAUAUAACAAAAUGUAUAGGUAAUUCUACGGACGGUGCAAGUAAUAUGCAAGGCAAAUAUCAGGGUUUUUCUGCUCACAUGUUAAAGUCAAAUGCUGAAAAUGUGCACGUAUGGUGUUAUGCACAUAUUUUAAAUUUAGUUAUAUCUGACAUUACUCAAUCUUCCAUAACGGUUGCUACAUUAUUUAAUUUGUUAAAUUUAAUUGCUGUUUUUAUUAGAGAAUCAUACAUCCGAAUGAAUAUGUGGAAUUAUUUUAAUAAAGAUAAUAAAAGAAAGAAAUUGAAUAUAAUUGGAGAAACACGAUGGUGGGCCAAAGAUGCUAUCCUUAAAAAAAUAUUUGGUAACUAUAACAACCCCAAAGAUGGAUUAUUUGUGGAAUUAAUACUGACGUUAAAUGAAAUUUCUUUAAAACCUAAUUUUAAAGCAGAAAUUCGCCAAAAGGCUAAAUAUUUUAUAGAUUCUCUAACAAAAUAUGAAACUAUAAUUAACUGCUAA